AUGUCGUGGCUCUUUGGAUCAUCGAAUGAAAAGGCCACUGCUGCCACUCCGGACACCAAGACUCAGGCUCCUCAAGGUGAAAAGCCCAAGCCUUGCUGCGUCUGCAAAGAUGAGAAAGCCGCUCGCGACGACUGCAUGCUCUUCUCCAAAUCCGACGAUCCCGCCAAGGAGUGUCAGUCCUUGAUCGACCAGUAUAAGAGCUGCAUGCUCGGUUAUGGUUUCAAGGUUUAG